AUGCGUGCAAUGUGCCUGAUAUUCCAGGUUUGUCGCAGUGGCAGGCGGCGUUCCCGUCGCGUGUCCAACAUUCAAAGUUGUACCGCCGGCCUCAAGAAUUUCGUGGCCAGAACGUCCUGCCUGCUAGUUGGCGCAGGCGUCAGUUCCAUGGACAUCGCACGAGAUCUCGGUGGUCACGCUCGGUCGAUAUACCAAUCGAGCAGAGGCGGUCCGUACGAUCUCCCUGAGCAUCUGCUACCGGACAACGCGGCGAGGAUUGGCGGUAUUGCGAGCUUUGGUGAUCUCGAUGUUCUCAGCAAGAACUACGACGCUUUGCCAGGGACUGUUACAUUGACGUCUGGACAGAAGCUAUGCGACAUUCAUCAGGUCAUUGUAUGCACUGGAUAUCAUGUGUCAUUUCCAUUCCUGAGGUCCUAUCACGCUGAUGGCGUCCGACGGGAGGAUGCGAGUGAAGAGUGCCUGGUCACCAGUGGUCAGCAGACCCAUAACUUGCACAAAGACAUCUUUUAUAUUCCCGAUCCUACUCUGGCCUUCGUUGGUGUACCCUACCAUGUCGCCACGUUUUCACUGUUCGAGUUCCAAGCAAUGGCGAUAGCUGCUGCAUUUAGCGGAAGGGUAUCGUUACCAUCGCAAGCUGGGAUGCGGGAGGAAUAUCUUGAGCGCAUUCGGCGAAAAGGUGCUGGGAGGACGUUCCACUCGCUCAAAGGUGCUGGAGAGGAGCCUGCGUAUGUGAGUGAGCUGGUCAAUCUGGCGAACAAUGGAAGCUCCGGGGAUGGCAAUAUGGCAGGACACUCGCAAAAGUGGCUCGAAGCAUUUGCCCGACGAGGCGUGCGGCAGAAGGCUCUUUCCUCCCAGGUCAGAGAUCCAUCCUUGCAGGAGAAGGCGAUGGCUCUGGCCGCAAUUUGUUCGUAG